CCAGGAAAGUGGUCGACUAUUCUUAUACUGAUUCGAAAAAUACAGCAAAUCAACACAAUGAGCAACGAGAUCGACGACCUCAAAAAAAUUGUUGCACAAUUGCAGAACCAAGUGACGCGCUUGAGUGACCAGGAGGAGGUUCGCAAACUACAGUACAAAUAUGGGUAUUACCUCGACAAGUGUUUAUACAAGGAGGUGGCUGAUCUCUACUCCGACCACCCGGAUACUUGUGUCGAGUUUCUAGGUGGGCGCUACAAUGGCAAAGAAGGCGUCAAGCGACUCUACAUCGGCCGCUUUGCGAAAACAUUUGUGAGCGGGAGAAACGGCCCAGUCCAUGGAUUUUUGCUCGAUCACCCUCAGAUCCAGGGAAUAGUCGACAUCGACACAAAUGGCACACGUGCAAAGGGCCGCUUCCGCAGCAUGAUGUCAGCGGGUACGCAUGAAAGCAUCAAAGACACACAUCCACGCGGGCUCGUUCAAUGGUGGGAAGGUGGAAUCUACGAAAACGAAUACAUCAAAGAGGAUGGUAUAUGGAAGAUUUUCCGCCUCAAGUACUUCCCAUUCUGGCACGCGACGUUCGAGAAGGGCUGGUCCCAUACCAAACCGAAUUACAUACCGUUCAUGUCGAAAAAAUACCCCGAGGAUCCAAAUGGACCAGACGAGCUUCUCGAGGAUGCCAUGAUGUGGCCCGACACUCGUGUGGUUCCAUUCCAUUACACGCAUCCCGCUACAGGUGAGCAAGUCGCUGACGAUGAUCUGAGAGCACCUCAUUUCGGUGGCGAUCCUAGCGAAAGCCUGCCUCCGUUAGUCCUGAGUAAACCACAAUCGGAAAUUAGCGGAUAG